AGAAGCCACUUGCCAAGAUUAAGUUGCUAUAUAGAAAUUUCAACAGAACCCCCAACUCCCGUCUCUCCCUUUCAUCCCUCUCCGCGAUCAACUUUUUUCUUUUUUCUUUUUUCUUUUUUCAAAGUUGCAUAGCUACGAAUUCUCAGCUCACCUUCUAAGGUUUCCGUAAUUAAAGUCGGUUUGAUCAUAACACUCCCUGAAGGAGCGAAAAACAGCUGCUGCUUUAUCAUAUAGAUAUGACUUGCUUCCCUUUUUUGUUCAGUAAGAGGGUAAAACCCCCAACAAGAAGUUUGGUCGAUGAAGAAGAAUUUUCGAGCAUGCAAAAUGUUAAAUUUUACACAUAUAAAGAGCUAAAAGUCGCAACCGAAGAUUUCAGCUUGGCGAAUAAAAUAGGGGAAGGUGGUUUUGGUUCUGUGUACAAGGGAAAGCUAAAAGAUGGAAAGAUUGCUGCCAUAAAAGUUCUUUCGGCUGAGUCAAGACAAGGAUUGAGGGAAUUCUUGACAGAAAUUAAUGUCAUCUCUGUGAUAGAACAUGAAAAUCUGGUUCAGCUUUAUGGCUGCUGUGUGGAUGAUAAUCAUAGAAUUCUGGUCUACAAUUACCUUGAGAAUAAUAGCCUUGCCCAAACUCUUCUUGGGCGAGGUUACAGUAGCAUCCAGUUUAAUUGGCAAACAAGGUCUAGGAUUUGCAUUGGAAUUGCACGUGGGCUUGCCUUCCUUCACGAGGAUGUACAGCCACAUAUCAUUCAUAGAGAUAUCAAAGCGAGCAACAUUCUUCUUGAUUGCAACCUCUCUCCUAAAAUUUCAGAUUUUGGUCUCGCAAAGCUUAUUCCAGCCAGCAUGACUCACGUCAGUACACGAGUGGCAGGAACAAUUGGUUACCUAGCUCCGGAAUAUGCGAUAAGAGGGCAGGUGACAAGAAAAUCAGAUAUUUAUAGUUUUGGAGUCCUACUUGUGGAAAUAGUCAGCGGGAGAUGCAACACAAAUACACAAUUACCAAUCGGAGAACAAUAUCUUCUUGAAAGGACAUGGAAUCUUUAUGAGCGAGGAGAGCUCGUUCUGCUAAUUGAUAUGUCCUUAAACGGCAACUUUGAUGCAGAGGAGGCUUGUAAAUAUCUAAAGAUUGGUCUACUUUGCACGCAAGACAGUCCAAAACUCCGUCCAUCCAUGUCGACUGUGGUAAAGAUGUUAACGGGUGAGAUGAGUAUCGAAGACAGAAAGAUAACGAAACCGGGGCUGAUUUCGGACUUCAUGGAUCUAAAAGUAAAGAAUCCAGAGGAAAAGAAAGGGAACAGAGAGGGGGUGUCUUCUGAUAGUCUGUCCUCUGGAUCAAACAUCCUUGGAAAUUCAACAAUGUCAUCUGAAGCCACAACUGUUACAACUGCAACCUUCACUGCACAAUAUGACGGGAAUACUUUCUCAUCUACACUGUGAAAGUGACUAGCCAAUUUAAUUUAUUCUCUUCUGUAAUAGAGUUUUGGGAAAAAGUGUUAAAUUGUUUGAUAUGUUUUUUCUUUUGGUAGGAAGAGUUAUUGGAAGCCUUUGUAAUAUAUUGUAGAAAUUGAUGUGUUUCCUUGCUUACCGUGAAUUCCAUUUUUUUUUCCUUCCUUCCUCCUCAGCUAUAAAAACCAGCUUAAAGAAUCACGUUGAGCUAUA